AUGGAGGAUACAUGGAAUCUUGAAACGUUUCCAAAGGAAAUGGAAAAUUUGAUCAACUUGAGGCAUGUUUAUUUCCAUCGUCGUGAUGAGGCAGUUUCAUUUGGGAUGGGACGAUUGAAACAUCUGCAAACAAUAUCUCCUUUUUUUACUUUGGACAAGGAAAGUAAUCGUAGAAUUGACGAGCUGGGUGGCUUAAACCAAUUAAAAGGUGAACUAAUUAUUAGUGGUUUGGAACAUGUGAGGGACGGAGGCCAAGCAAGGGCAUCAAAUUUAGUUGGGAAAGCAAAUCUACGAAGGUUGACAUUAGAAUGGGGGGAGUAUGACGAGGAAAGAAAAGAGAAAGACAAUGAUGUACUGGAGGGCCUCCGACUCAACGAUGAGUUAGAAUUCUUAAAGAUUGACAGAUUCAUGGGUUCUAAAUUAGCAUCAUGGAUGAUGAGUGGUUCGUUGCCACUGAAUUUGACAGAGAUUCGGUUAAUGAGAUGCAUAGAAUGCGAACAAGUCCCAUCACUUGGCCAUUUACCGAAUCUUAGGCUUGUUGAGUUCAGUGAAAUGUCAGAGCUUAAAUGUGUGGGAGUUGAGUUUUAUGGUUAUAACCAUGUUAACGGUGCGGCGAAGAAGAAAGAGACUUUGUUUCCAGCAUUGAAAAGCUUCACUAUUUAUUAUUGCCCAGCUCUAAUUAAAUGGGAGGAACUGCCACCAACAGAUGAGAAAGUAGCGGUGUUUCCCUGCCUUGAGGAGUUGACUAUAGACUCUUGCGAUAGUCUCGAGUUCAUUCCAAUUACCCUGGGCAAGGGCAAGGGCAUUCCAUGCCUCCGCAAAUUGCACAUUGAGGAUUGUGAGAAAUUAUCAAGCUUGCCGACUAGCUUAGAAUAUUGCAUCUCUCUUCAGGAGUUGAGUAUCAAGGAAUGUGAUGGAUUGACAAGUCUACCGAGUGGGCUACCAUCCUGCACAUCUCUUAAGAAGUUGAGAAUCGCGUCAUGCCACAAUUUGAUAUCUCUGGCACAUCUCGAUGUAUCCAGGUUGCAGUCUCUUUCAUCUUUAGAAAUAUUUUAUUGUUUGAAAUUAAAAUAUUUUUCAUUGGAGGGGCUACGCUCUCUUACGCGUUUAGAAUCUAUGAAAAUUGGUGCGUUUUCGGAGGAGCUCGAUUCUUUCCCUGAUUUUGAGCUUCCAUCACAAAUCCAAACUCUAGAGAUCGAAGGGUGGCCUAAGCUCAAGUCUCUACCUCAACAACAAAUUCAGCACUGCACUUGUCUACAAGUAGUGUCCAUAGUCUCUUUUGACAGCGUGGAGGCUCUUCCAGAGUGGUUGGGUAACCUUACAUCUCUUACCACCCUGAGUAUCCGUCGGUGUAAGAAUCUGGUGUCUCUUCCUGCCGUUGAAGUUAUGCAACGCCUCACCAAACUUAAAAAGCUAGUGAUUGAUACAUGUCCCCGUCUAGGGGGAAUAUCCACCCUCAAGAGCGGCCCAGAAUGGCACAAGAUUUCUCACAUCCCACGUAUAGAUGGUCAGGUUUUCGUCAGCAUUUUUCAUCUGCCUCAUUCUCACCGCUUGAUUCUUUUCCAGAGGGGAUGGGGAUGUAUUUGCUAUAGAUCCUUGCAUGAGGAAUCAUGGGAUAAUAUUGAUACAGGCCAUUAUGUGUUGGUUGCCAGUGGUAGUAAUCUUGUUUUCGACAGCGUGGAGGUUCUUCCAGAGCGGUUGGGGUAA